UCCUGUGUUUCCGUCCCGCAGACUGAUGCUGUCCCCCAGUCCUUCGGCUCGGGUCACGGUGUCUCGAGCCUCCAGCAGUCGCAGCGUUCGCACCUCUCACGGAAAGAGGAAGCGCGUCGACGUGGAGGAACAGGAAGCCAGCAGCUCGGUGUCUAUCUCUCACUCCGCCUCGGCCACAGGGCCCGUCUGCAUCGACGAGACCGACACCGAUGGAAAAUUCAUCUGCCUCCAAAACACCGGAGAGGAGGAUCAGGCAAUGGUCGGUUUUGAGAUGAUGAAGACGAUUGAAAAUGAUUCCGCCACCUACAAGUUCACCCCCAAAUUUAUCCUGAAGGCCGGCCAGAAAGUGACG